AUGGCCACCGUCGAUGUUAACAUUGAGUCCUCCACAAUGGCACCUAUCCGCGUGGACUCUCCGUUGGACACAAGUCUCCCCAUUAACCCCACACCCUACCAAGAGCCCAAAAUCAUCAAGCGUGAACUUAGAAGUCUUGUAGGCUUUGCAAAUCUUCCUAAUCAAUGGCAUCGCAAAAGUAUAAAGAAGGGCUUCAACCUUAAUGUUAUGGUAGUUGGUGAAAGUGGUCUUGGAAAAUCAACUCUCAUUUCUACCCUCUUUAACCGAACACUUUACCCUUCUAAAACUGCCCGUGACCCUGCUGCAGAACUUCCCAAAACUGUUGCCAUCGAAGCUGUCACUGCUGACAUUCUCGAAAACAAUGUCCGUCUUCACCUGACUGUAAUUGAUACCCCUGGGUUUGGCGACUUUGUCAACAAUACCGACUCGUGGAAGCCCAUUGUCGACGAUAUUGACGAGCGCUUUGACUCAUACCUUGAGGUGGAAAACAAGGUGAACCGUACAUCAAUUGUUGACAAUCGUAUCCAUGCAUGCCUGUAUUUUAUUCAGCCCACAGGUCACUCUCUCAAGGCGCUGGACGUGACUGUGAUGAAGAAGCUGCAUAAAAAGGUGAAUUUGAUCCCCGUUAUUGCUAAGGCAGAUACCCUUACUGAAGAAGAAGUGAUUGCAUUUAAACAGAGCAUCAUGACAGAUAUCCACAAUCAAAAAAUUGACAUUUUCGAGCCGCCCAAGUAUGAAAAUGAUGACGAGGAAACACGGGUUGAAAACGAAGAAUUGAUGAGCAAUGUUCCAUUUGCCAUUGUUGGAUCAAUUGAAGAUGUGACAACGGAAGAUGGCAGAGUGACUAGAGGCCGCAGUUAUCCUUGGGGUGUAAUUGAGGUUGAGAAUGAAGCACAUUGCGACUUUGUUAAGCUGCGCCAGUUGUUGAUUCGUACACACCUUGAAGAGCUUCGUGAGAAGACUGGAAAUGUUUUGUAUGAAAACUACCGCACAGAGAAGCUUGCAGAGAUGGGAAUUAAACAGGAUACAUCUGUGUUUAGAGAGGUGAAUCCUGCGGUUCGUCAAGAGGAAGAGCGGGCUCUUCAUGAGGCUCGUCUGGCUAAAAUGGAAUCUGACAUGAAGGCAGUUUUCCAGAAGAAGGUUGCAGAAAAGGAGCAAAAGCUGAAGAAAUCUGAGGCUGAGUUGUUUGCUCGUCACCGAGAAAUGAAGGAGCAGCUGGAAAAGCAGCGCCAGGAUUUGGAAGAAAAGAAGGUACGGUUGGAAGCAGGCCGGGUUGUUGAAGAAAAGAAGGGCCGCAAGGGAUUUUCGCUACGUUGA